AUGCCAGAUCCCAAACCAGCCAGCGCCACCGCGCCGGCUGACCGCUCCUCGAAGCGGAGGAGAGUCGACGACGACAGCGCGACAUCGACGCCCGCGUACAGCUCGCCCGACCCCCUCGCAGACGACGAGAAGCGCAGCCCGCCCCGCAACCUCCCCGUCCGCCGCGGCCGCCGGCCCUCGAGGUCGCAUACCCCCUCCGACAGCAUGGACGACGAGCUGAACAAGGACCACUACCGCCCCUCCUCCAGCCCUUCCCGCUCCCAGACGAGAUCCGACCGCAGGUCCAGGUCGCGCGGCUCCCGCUCGCCCUCGGAAGACUCCAGGUCGCGGUCCAGGUCACAUUCCGACUCGCGCUCGCGAAGGAGGAGCAGCAGCAGCAGCACGGGGUCGCGCUCCCGCCGGCCCUCGCGCACACCGUCCUCGUCGUCCCGGUCCCGAGACGAGCGGAGGCGGCGGCGGAGGCGCCAGCAGCAGCAGCAGCAGCAGAAGCCGCAGUUCCGGCGCCACGUCGAGCUGCGCGGGCACGACAGCCCCAUAUCGCAGGUGCGCAUCUCGCCCGACGGCAAGUGGAUCGCCUCGGCGUCGGCCGACGGCACGGCGCGCAUCUGGGACGCCGCCACGGGCGCCCACAUGGAGACGCUCGUGGGCCACAUGGCCGGCGUGUCCUGCCUCGCCUGGAGCCCGGACUCGGGCACCCUGGCCACGGGGUCCGACGACAAGGCCAUCCGCCUCUGGGACCGCGUCACGGCCGAGCCCGCCCACGCCGUCGGCGUCCCCCCGCUGGGCGGCGGCCGCGGGAGCGGCGCGAGGGGCAGCCGGAGGCCGCUGCUCGGCCACCACAACUACGUCUACUGCCUGGCCUUCUCGCCCAAGGGCAACAUACUGGCCAGCGGGAGCUACGACGAGGCCGUCUUCCUCUGGGACGUGCGCGCCGGCAGGCUGAUGCGGAGUCUGCCGGCGCACAGCGACCCCGUCAGCGGCAUCGACUUUUGCCGCGACGGCACGCUGGUCGUGAGCUGUUCUACCGACGGACUGAUCCGUAUAUGGGACACCUCGACCGGCCAGUGCCUGCGCACCCUCCUCCUCCUCAACGAAGACAACCCGGCCGUCACAAACGUCUGCUUCUCCCCCAACGGCCGCUACGUCCUCGCCUUCAACCUCGACUCGUGCAUCCGCCUCUGGGACUACAUCCCCCACCCCUCGACCGUCAAGAAGACGUACGACGGCCACCGCAACUCGUCCUUCAGCAUCGGCGGCUGCUUCGGCGUGCUGCCGCCCGCUUCUCCCGACGAGGAUAAUGACGACGACGAAGAUGACGACGACGACGACGAUGAUGAGGAAGACGGCCUGGCAGUGCUGCGGAGGCGGGACAGGAGGCUCGGCCGGCCCUUCGUGGCGGCCGCCAGCGAGGACGGCGACGUCGUGCUCUGGGACGUGGUGUCCAAGGAGAUCGUGCAGCGCAUCCGCGGCGUGCACGACGGCGUGUGCUUCUGGGUCGACGUCUGCGGGCAGGUCAUGGUCAGCGCCGGCCGGGACGGCAAGAUUGUCAUCUUUCGGAACGGCAGUGGUUUUGAGGAGAAGGAGGAGGAAACGAAGGAGAAGGAAGAGCGGGAGCGGGAUGAGGAGGAGGAGGAGGAGGAGGACAACAAGAAGAAAGAGCAGUCUGCUGCUGUUGCUAGUCCUGCUGCUGAGAAGAAGGUCAAUGGCGUCGUCAAUGGUGUCAAGGAGGAAGAGGAUACGCCCAUGACGGAGGAGAGUGCUGCUGCACCUCCUGCAGCAGCAGCAGCAGAGGGGUGA